AUGGAGACCGGAUCAUGGUUGACUCUGCUGGGGCUCAUUCUGUCUUUGGCUGCAGUAGGACACUCCAUCCAGGAGGAAGGGGCCCUUGAGGCCAGCCAGCGUCAGCCCACCGACUCGGAGGAGAAUCUGGUGGAGAGACUGGGGGCAUUGGACCUUAAGGAUCCAAUGGGUCGUGCCAUUGAGGAGCACCUCUUGUAUACCAUUAUUCGCUCCCUCUCUCAGGGCUCUCCGAGGUACGGGCGCAACCCUUCUGUUCUCCACCAACCACAGAGGUUUGGGCGUGGUACCCAGGGAGACGAGGGCAAAGAGAGGAUACAGUCCCGCGACUGGGAGGCUGUCCCUGGUCAAAUCUGGAGUAUGGCUGUGCCACAGAGAUUUGGCAGGAAGUAGAGCAAGCGACCGGCGCGACUGAUGUUGCCAGCAAGACAGAGAGAGAGAGACCAAUUAGGAUCAGCUGAAGUCCAGGACUGGCAGACAGACAUGAAUUAGUAAAACACGUUCUCAUUAUAUUUUUAAAGAAAGGCUUUCGCCCGUUGUCCCGCCCUCUCUCUCUCACUCUCUCUACUCACUCCCAACCUAUUGGGCUCGGCGCAGAAAG